AUGGACGACCGGCCCGCCAGGCGGAUGCGGCUGGGGACCAAGUCGUGCGCCGAAUGCCGUCGCCGGAAGGUCCGGUGCGUCUUCCCGACCAACAGCUCCGUCUGCCACGGCUGCGAGCUCCAUCAGACGCCGUGUCGGGCCCAGCAGCCGCGUCCGCGAGACCGGGAGACGAGCCUGCAGACGAUCCCGCAGUCGCAAUCACAUGCUCAGCUGGCCGAGGACAACGCGGCCCUGCGCCGGCGCGUGGUUGAGCUCGAGGGCCUCGUCGGCAGCAUCUGCGAUGCCCUCGAGCCCACCGGCGACUCGCCCGCCUCGGGGGCUGCUUCGACCUCCGCAGCUUCUACUUCCACCGACGUCAACGCCCGGGCUAUCCAGGUCAUCAAGAAUCUGCGUAAUCACGGCCUCUUACAGGCGGAGGCUUCUCCCAACGGCCAGCCCUACAACUUCGGCACCGCCCUCAGCAACCCCGGCACGCUGCUCCCCUCCGGCCCGCCGUCAUCAUCCUUCUUCUCGCCGGGAUCCAUCGACCAAGAUCUUGGCAGCAGCCCCCCCGAUCUCAUCGACAAGUCUGUCUCAGCCGUAGACGCUCCUUUGAUCCAUCUCUUCCGGGAUGCUCUCCUGAUCCGCGACGGCGACGGCGAGCUGUACGACGAUCCCGAGGAUCCAUCCAUGGUGUACCUAAUGAAGGAGUCCCUCAGCUCCUUCAGACCGCCCAUCCCCGACCCAGGAACGCUGCGCCUGAUUCUCGAGGAAUCACACAAGUUCUGGGCCAUCUGGCCGCCCUUCUUCUUCGCGCCGGACCAGUCGGCCACCAUGCAAAACACCAGCAUCGACGACGCCGAAGCCUACUUCAACCAGGUCCUCAACUUUGGCCGCGGCGUCGAGUUCUGCUCUGCCAUGCUCUUCCUCACCCUCUGCAUCCAGCAGCUGCCGCGCAACUGGAAGCACAUUAUCGUCUCCCCCAGCAUCUCGCGCCAGGUCCUCAUUGACGCCUACAUCCGCUUCGUGGCGGUGCUGCUGGCCGUCGAGGGCGAAGAGAGCGUCCUGGUCGUGCAGUGCUACGUGAUGCUGCACAAGGUCCUCGUUAACAUGGGUCGUCCGCAGAGAGCCUGGGUUGCUAUCCGCCAGGCCAUCAGCGCCGCCACCCUCGUCGGCCUCGACAGACUCGAGCCCAGCGCAAACUUCCAGCGCAAGACGCUGUGGGCGAAUACGUGGAUGGUGGAGCGACAGCUGUGUAUCAUGCUGGGCUUCCCUUCCGCAGUCACCGACCGAGGAACCAAGGAAGAUCCCACAGAAGUCCUAGACAACAAUAUGCUAAUCCAUCGUCGUCUAUGCAUCAUCAUGGGCCGCAUCGUCGAGCGCAACCAGAACCCAGCAAAGGCCUCGUAUGCCGCAACCGUGCAGCUGGACCAAGACAUGGAAGAACUCAAGAACAGCCUCCCACCCGAUGGUGCCGAACUUCUUUCCCCCGGAGCCACGACUGACUCCGUCUACUCCGAGGAGGGCGCCAAGAUCUUCUUCUACUCGACUCUCAAGCACAUCCACCUGCCCUACAUGCUCAAGGCCAAGACUGACCGCCGCUACGAGCACAGCCGCCUGUCUGCCAUGGACGCCUGCCGCGGCCUCCUCAGGACCUACCUGCGCAUGCGUGGCUCGCCCAAGACCGAAGUUGUACAAUGUGAAAUCAUGGACUUUAUCAUCUUCAGCUCCACCAUCGCCCUCAUUCUCGGCAUCCUAUCUGGGUCCGGAGAUUCAUCGCCGGCAGCGCUCACGGGCUACUCGGAGGAUUGGCAACUCAUCAACCGGCUCAUUGGCGAACUGCGAAAGACAAACGCCCUGCUAGAAUGCACCGUCGCCAGACAAAGCGCAGAAGUGCUCGAGACUCUCGUAGCCGCCAGCUGCGGGAACUACAACGUCCAAGAAGACUUUGUGCUCGUCGUACCAUACUUUGGACGUCUACGCAUCACUCAAGGCAACAACAACAACAACAACAACAAACCAGACACCAGCCUCGUCAAUACCAACAGCAUCCAAGAUGUACCCUCACUAAUAGACUCCAGCGAACUGUCCACCGUCUCAUUAUCCUCGCUGCCGCCGCAAAAAACCGUCCCCGGAGAUCCGUACUACAUGCCCCAGCAGGCAAACACAAUCGAGUUCAGCUCCAACGAGUUCCUCAAUACCACGUUUAGCGACUUUGACUUUCAGAUGGACCUCAGCCAGGACUGGUGCACCAUUGUUGACACGGGCGUCUAUGACUGGAACCAAAUGUUCAGUACCAAUAACAUCGGAUUCCAGUAG